GGCGGGAGGACAUGCGGCCGGAGGAGAUCGCAGACCAGGAACUAGCAGAAGCAAUACAGAAGUCCGUAGAGGAAGCAGAACGUCAGAAGCCUUGAUGCAUGUAGUGUGUGUUUACUGCAGCUGGAGUGGGCCACAGACCAGAGAAUAGUGACAAAGAAACUACCUCACUGGAAAUGCCCUCAUUACCAGCUUCUGAUGGGUUUCAAAAUCCAGUCCAGUCUUCAGGACUAAAUUCCAAGAUCUGUAAUCCCACAAAUCAAUUACUUGAUCGUUCUGUCUCUGCCCCUGCUUCAAUUUGCUCAUCCAAAUUUAGCCUCGCAGAGCCCAUUGAUCCUAGAGCCGUCAAGUCUUUUGAGUCUUCAACUGAAUGCCAGAUAACCCCAGAAGAAGAACAUCCUCUCUUACUACAGCAUCUUUCCAAUAACGCUUCCUUGGCAAAUAACGACCCUUCUCCCCAGACAGGGGAGGUAACCUGUUGCAAUCCUGCUUGCCUUUCACAGAAGACACACAAGGAAACAUUUAUUGCUGAUAGUCUAAAGGAAUGUAAUGCUAAAGAACAAGACCGUGGUCAGGAACAUCCUUUGGAAGUGACAAAAGAAAACAGUUUGACUGACACUGCUGCUAAGCACGGGCAAAAUAAAGAUGUAUGUCUGUCUUCAGAACAGGAGCAAAAGCAUGAGUGUCUCAUAGACCAUCAGACACGCACAGAACCAGAGAAAGAACAUGUAGAGGAGCAAACUGAGACAACUGACCAAGAACCAACUUGCCAUGUUGGUGGCAUUGAGAAACCUGUUGCGGAAGAAGCCGGCCAGCCAGAAAAUCCUCCUACAGAAAUGAAAGGAGAUCGACAGGAGAAAGCAGGUCUUUCCUGUGCAAAAGGGAGUACCCAAACGUCAGCCUCCUGUAGCUGUAUCCAUACGGAAGCCUUCAUGGAGGUAGAUGUAGCUGAGCAGUCUGUAGGUGAAGCGCACGGCUCAGCAAGCAAGCAGAAGCUGCAGGCCAAGAACAGAAGUGUAUCUGACCUGAACUCGGACACCUUUUCUAUGGAGGUGGAGUUGCUGAAGUCUGCACCCUCCCUGAGUGAGCCACUUCCCACCGGUGCUGUCCCACAGUCUAAAAGCACUAGUGAAAUUCCUGCAAAGUACAAUGAGUUGUCUAACUCAGCAGCUGAAGACAGCUCUUCCCCCUCCAGCAUCCAUCGGCUGGACACGGAUCCAGGAGGACCUUCAGAAGAGCCAUGUUUCUCUCUAGCAUCAGCCUUGAAAGAGCUGCACAAACUCUUGAUCCUCAGUAGGAAAGGAGAAAGUAAAAUCUUUGCCUCUGAAGAAGUCUCUCAGCUGGAAGUGGUUCACAAAGAGCCAGCAGCACAACAGAAGGGGCUUUCUGAAGGCGAGCAGAAAGGCUCAGAUCCAGCCAGCCAGGAACAGAGUUGUUCCUUCUAUAAGGUGAGGUCUGAAGGUGGAAGAGCAGAGGGGAGCCAGGCUUGUGAUUCUGGCAUGGAAAACAUCGGCAUUGGGUCUGUCAGUCGCACAGAGUCAGCUCUCAGAGAAGGUGCGUUAGAGGUUCAGAAGUUUUCAGGUAAGAGUGAUUUGGUCGUGGUGAAUUCUGCAGCAACACCUGACCAGCAACAGAGCCCUGAGCAGGUGGAGGUUUUGCCAGAAGGUUAUCAGAGUCCAACUGUUCUGACUUCAGAGCAAAACGCAUCCGUUUCCUCUACACCCGCUUUGGAUGAAGGUGCACCUCAGGGUGCUGGGAGCCUGUUCACAGGAGCGCCUGGGAGAAGCAGCAGUUCUGCUCCUGAAGGUCCGUGGCCGUUGGGUAGGCGUGAGGAACCACUGCUGAGCCCACCAGCUGGCUCUGCUGGACUUACCUCGGGUGCUCCUCCACCACCUGCUUUUCCUGCGGCUGAUGUUGAUCGGAUCCUUGGCGCUGGUUUUACCACACGGGAAGCUCUCGAGGCUUUGGAACAAGCAGAUGGAAACGCAGAUCUUGCUCUUCUCAUUUUGCUAGCCAAGAGUAUUGUUGUUCCUACGUAACUAUGGAAGAGGUCGCUGACUGGGGUGUCUUUUCUUUUAAAGAACGUAUCUAAAUUAUACACCGUAAUGUACAAGCAGAAUGUUGAGCCAGGUUUUUUAAUUAUUUGCAGCCAAAGUAACUUGUCUCUUCUGUUUCACUCAUUAGAUUUGGCCUUUUAAAAGAAGGAAAACGUCCUAGCAUUGUGUGGACGGGAUAGCUUUUAAUUAUGCAUACUGGAUUAAAAUUAAUGUUUUUAUUUAAAUGUACAAUUUUAGAAUAAGCUCCAAUGUUAAGAAUAAAAAGCAGAAGCCAUUAAUAUCACCGCCCUGUCCAGCGCAAAGCAGAUCGCGAAGUGAAUUGACCGUGCGUGUGCACAGGACAGGACGUGCACGCCGAGUUCGGUGUGGCGCAGGCGUGAAACGGCGCUCAUCCAAAGGGACUCUGUGGACUUGUUUUAGCUCUGCUGCGCUUUUGUAACCCCAUGUCCAUCUGUGAUGCUGAUGAAACUAUUAUGGCAGCUACUAAAGGUAUGUAGAUGCCCACAGAUGUGUAAUGCUUUACAAGAGGAACGAGGGGUGGAGAGGGGCUUUGGGAAGCGUGUGCUUUUUGUGCGUGCACGGGGAAGGCUGAUGCCUAUUUCUGCCAAACCCUUUUAUGCUCUUGGGCCACUGUGUUCAAGUUUACAACAUGGGGAUAGAGGAAGGGGAGGGACAGAAUUUGGUGCUACCAAAACUUAAGAGACGUUUUAACUUAUUUGAAGAUAAUGCUGGUAUUAAUUGUAGCGGCGGGGGGGUGGAAGGGAAAAGGAAUAUUUUUACUUUUGUUUUUUCUAGCUUUGCCCACAUCGUGUUUCCCCCAUACAAAAGAACAAGCUCAACCACAAAGCAAAACCUUAAUGAUGAAAUUGUUUGACAAACCAACCGUGUGUUACGGUUCUUAAUCCCCCUCUGCCCCUGGAAGGAUGGACUGUUUCAGUGGAUGCAUUCUCUAUUCACUGAGCACAGGUGUGAUCAGAAUGAAGAAAUCUGCUCUGCACUAGUUUUAUCUCAAUAUUUGGGGAUGAUCAGCCUCUCAGCUGUGGAAAUGCAAACUGCAGAAAUCCUGGAGCGGCUGGUGGGGUACUAAUUCAAUACCUCUUAAAGAGCGAGGGCUCCCCAGUAGGGUUUAUGAAACAAACGCACUGACAUGGCUUCUGCAUUAUAACCGUCGUGGCCUUCUGGGAGGUCCCUGGUGCGUAGCCUGCAUGAUGAGGACUCACCGAGGCUGUGCUGCAGGAAGCCCUUUCCAGAUGCUUUUUUUGGGGACGAACUUUGUGAUUUGCUCUGCAAAGCCCCAAAACCCUGUUGGGGCUGGGGGAGGGGGGAAGGAAAGUGUGGCUGAAACAUGAUACCAAAUUUUAAAUAGGAACUUUUACUUAGCCCCACUUGCAAAUCUCUGAAGUGGUUUUAUGUCAAGUGUUCAUCUUGAACGUUCCACUUUGAGCUAAACCUGAAGCGAUUGGUCAGCAGCGGCUGGAAACGUGUUUUUGUUCGUGGCUUUCAUUUGUUAUCAUUGUCUCAGGCUGUGUUCCUGGGGUUUUGUUUUCCCUGUUGCUUAGCAGAUUUGCCUAUGUGUGUGCUAGGCUUUUUUCAUGUAGGGUGGCAUUUAAAAACAACACAAAUUUGGUUUCAUCUGUGAACUUGCAGGAGUUUCUGGUGAGCAGUGGUUGUCAGAUUUUUCUUUCUUCUUGGGCAGCCAGGAGGUCCUUUAGAAUAAUGAAGAGCUUCAAGGCAUUCCUCUGUCUGUUGAAUGGAGCUUCUGCAUCAGCUGUGAACGUAUCAGCUGGGCCUGGGGCUCCCAGACACGUUUUGCUCACAUCUCACUAUUUGUGAUGCCGGCAGCAGGCGUUGCUCCGUACGUAUGUAGGAAGCGGUGCUUGGCUGUUUGGGGACCCCCUGCCAGAGCAGCGUCGAGUAAUUCACUUGAGGCUCUGUUCAAAAUGAGUUACUGAGGCAAGACUACAGCUUAAUGAUCCUUACCGUGCAGGUGGUCAGAGUUACCCCUGCUGAAGUACUUUUAAAAUAUUCUCUGUACAACGAGCACCUCAAAUCAGCGAAAGCCCCCUCUGUGAAGGGUAAUGCUUGGGCUGGUACAGGAGUACAGUGUCAUCAGAUCCCUCCCUAGAAGCCUUAGGAAAUAAGAUAAAGUAGACCCAUUCCCACCUGCAUCUGGUUCACUAUCAAAAGCAACAACAAGAAUGAAGCUCCCAGCUCUCAGAUCCAGAGCAUCCUCAGCUAAACAGACGAAUCUGCUCCCGAUUCACACCACAGGUCUCAGUGAGGUGGUUGUAGGAGCAAGCCCCCACCUGGUACGCAGGUACCAGCUGCAGGUUGGCCCUCUUGGAUGCACGAGCGCUGAAUUUGCGCCCCUAGCCUGCAGGUUCACCUACUGCCAGCUUCUCAAGGCAUCGGAUGUUAGCCAUUCAAUGUUAAACCCUUUUCGUAUUUACACUUUAUGUUUUUGGAAGCAAUUGCUAAUCGCUAGACGAAGUACUGCUGCUUUGCACCAAACUGGUCAAAGGCUCUAGUUUUAUGGCCACGUUUACUUAGACUGCAUAUAUAAGAAUUUAUGCUAUAAAAGCUUUAGAGCAUCAGCCAACUUGCUUCAAUGCUCAGUUUUAUUCUUUGUCAAAUAUAAUUUUUGAAAUCUGCCCUUCUGCCAAAGCUGUACUGAAGCAUUUAUCAAUAGUGCUAGAAUUUCCUGGGUAACUUUCUCUGAACUGCUAUAAACAAAGCCUGACCCCCAACGGAUAAAUACUUGUAAAACAAUUUAACAAGUUGAUCCAAGCCUGGUGAUUUAAAUCUCUUCAUUUCAGAGCCUUGCUUUGAGUGAAUGGCUACAUGCUGCUAAAUUAGAGAAUGAUUUUUUUUUAGGAGCAAGAUUUAUGUUGGAGAAAAUCUGGGCAGUGGUGAGUAUUCGAGGUUAAAAUAAAAUGUCAUAGAAUAUGUGCUUAGCAAACGCUGUCUAACAGUUGUCUUCUGUUUUAACGUGCACGUGUGUCCUCUCUGCUGUAUGCGCACAUCCUUUGCUGAGCCUUUAGCAGUCCCUUAACUGUCUCUCUGCUUACCCACAAAAUGGGAAUACUUCUGUUUAAGCAGGGAAGGCAGACUGCUACAGCUUGUUGGCUAGAGCAGGGGAUAAAGUUAACGCCAAAAGCUGUUCAGGUUUCCAAGGAGCUGUGUACCCUGACCUAAAAUAAGGCUCUUCACUCUCUUCUCUCUCCUCAUUCAUCAGUGCUCUAAUGUACUAAUGUCACAUCAGCUUAGCAAAAUUAUUUCAGUAUGAGAAGUCCGUCUAUAGAGAAUAAAGGAACACUCAGAAGCUCCUUCAUAAAGAUGCUAGCACCUGUGGGGACCCUUGUGGGUCUGCAGAGCUUGUUUCUGGGUGUUCCCUGACCGACCACUGUGGUCAUGUACCUUGCUGUUGGUUUCCGAGAUGUAUUUCUUUUCCUUAAAGAUACAGCAAGAAUGUACUCAGCCCCUUGCUGAAUGUGUUUCUGUACAUGAGGCUCUAGGUGAGUUUAGAGGUGAUGUUUAGUGAAAUAUUGACAUCUGAAAGCUGCUGGGCACAGAUAAUUCUGACAAGAGGAGGAAAUUGUCUCCUGGUGACGGUCCCUGGCAUGUUUACCUGCUGCUGGACAGAGCUGAGCUACACUGCGUUAUCGUGACAAUCUCUGCCUUGUUGCUACGUAUGUUCAACUUUCUACGUAGACACUUGGCGUCCAGGACUGUUAACCUUGUACCUCCUAGAUAUGUUCCUUCUUUCUGGCUUUGUCUCUCCCUCUUGCAGUCUCCUUUCCUCAAAAGUAGCAAUAUUUAAGCGUACUUGCUGUGAAUGCUUAACGUCCAGAUAAGUUUUCUUUAAAACACUAUGCCAUUUACACAUAAAAGGAGGAACAGAUCCUAGAGGUUUCUUCACCAGACUUGGACUUCUUGCCAAACGGCUCCCCAGAACUCUAACGUGAAUUCAAAGUGGAGAAAUCGAGAGGUAUUUUUGCCUGCCUCUCUCGGAAGUCAGCUUGGGAAAUGGGGUCAGUUUCAUGUACAUCUUUCCCUUCUGAAGCGUUCAAGGGAUUUCUUCCUGCACUGUGUAGAUGAGGCGUAGUCUGUGAUCCAAAUGCGUAGCGGUUUGGGUUACUCUUUGACUGAUGCUUUUUAGCUUAAGAGUUUUAAAACUCAUUUAAGGAACUUGAGGGAAUCAAUACUCAGGAAUCCUAAAGCUGGUUGCAUUUGUGUCAUUUACUCUUCUGGGCUGAACGUACUUCGGUUGUCCUCGCAGGUGGCUGAAGGGAGGAGUGGUUGUGUCAUCGGAGAAUGGGAUGUGGUUCUGCCCAAAGUAAUACACACUUGAUUAUUUUUUUGAUUUUUGGUUUGUUUGGUUUUUUUAAUAUUGGGGGACUGUUUAUCAACAAAAUUGAUGUGUACAAAAAAAUUUGAUAUUUAAAAAAAUGAAUAAACACUUUAUCAUAAUGCUG